CGCAGCUGUCAGUAUCAGGAUUCAUAAGCCUUGCCCUUGUACGGAGAACAUCAGUGACAUUACCAGUGUGUAACUUACACUAAGAGUACGCUGCCUCUGGAGGGAAUAUCCAAGGCCAAUAUCCAAAGUGUUUUUCGACAAGGAACGUUUUUGUUAUCCUGACACCCCGUGGCUUCAAGUGGUCCAAGUACAAGCUUGGAAGAAUAAAGUUAACAAAUAGUAGAUACUAUCUUCAGUAACGUCAAAAUGAAUGGGGAAACAGAUGAUCAUAGCAAAGAUGAAUGGAUGGUGUCCAAAAUCUUGGAGCGGCGUUUCAUUCCAGCAUAUCUUACAAGUGUAGCUUGGGAAGGUUUCAACUUUGUAGGGCAUGAGAUAAAAAUAGUAGAAUCCACAGACCUUUUUGGUGCGACUGUUUGGCCCUCAGCACUUGUACUUUGUUACUUUUUGGAAAAACAUGCAAAGCAAUUGGGUUUAGAGGACAAACGCAUCAUUGAAAUAGGAUCUGGAACUGGUCUAGUUUCUGUAGUAGCUAGUUUACUGGGAGCACAAGUCAUAGCAACAGACCUUGAGGACCUGAUUGGAAACCUGCAGUAUAAUGUCAUUCGAAAUACAAAACUGAAAUGCAAACAUGUACCACAAGUUAAAGAGCUAACUUGGGGAUGCAGUCUGGAGGAGAAAUUUCCUAAAUCCUCCUCACACUUUGAUUACAUCCUUGCUGCAGACGUAGUUUACAACCACCCGUACCUGAAUGAACUUCUGGAAACAUUUGAUCACUUGUGCCAAGAGAAGACCAUUAUCCUGUGGGCUAUGAAAUUCAGAAAAGAGAAUACCCUUUUACAAAACACAUUUUUUCACAACUUUCAGAAAGAGUUUGACAUGGAGGUUAUCCAUGAUCUGCCAAGCCUAGGUAUAAAACUUUACAAGGCGAGAAGAAGAUGUACGUUUAAAUAAAGAUGGACCCGGCAUGAAAUCCCAUGGAUAGAAAUGGGGCAUUUAUAGGUAUUAAACAUUCAUAAAAUCAUUUUUAUCAACAAAAUAUAUCAAGGAAACUAUAAAAGAUUAGCUGUUCUUUUUCCAAAAUAAUAAAAGAUUACACAGUUUGAAGUUGUAUAUUUAAUAAUGUUACUAUAAUGUUAUAAAUAAAAGUGAAUUGGUGGAGGCCUCCCUGCAUAAAGAAUCAUGGGUUGAAAAAUU